AUACGAAGCUAUGAUGGCAGGACCUGUUCAGUAUCGUUGGAUGUAUCCGUUUGAAAGAUACCUGAGAAAACUCAAAAAUAAGGUUUCGAAUAAAGGCAGAGUGGAAGGAAGCAUUAGCAGCGGAUAUCUACUGGAGGAAACAGCAAAAUUUGCAUCUUUUUAUUUCAAGGAUGGUGAUCCGAUGGUACCAUGUCGGAUGCAAAGAAAUGAAGUUUGCGAAAUGGACGUUGAUGAUGAUUUCGACAGAUUAAAUAUUUUCAAACCAAAAGGGCGACCUGUAGGUGCUUGUCGGAACAGAUAUCUGGAUGAUGCUGAAUAUGUUGCUGCCCGAAGCUACAUCCUUUUGAAUUGCCCUGAAAUCGAACCUUACAGAGAGUAAGUCUUAAUAUACAAAUUUAAGUUCAGUAUUGAAGAAUUUGAUACAAAUUGUAUUAAUUCGCUCGUAUUCUUGUAAAAAGAGUUUUUGAAGGCGAGUUGUAUGAAUUCAACCCCGAAAUUACACAGACCGAAGUUGUAGUCAAAUUGGAGAGGGAAUUCGCCUUUUGGUUCGAGCAAUAUGUGAAAGACCCAACUGUCAGUACCAAUCCCUAUAUUCUAAGUCUUGCAAAGGGACCGCUUAGAUCGGUCAAAACAUUCAAGGGGUACUGUGUGAACGGGUUUAAAUUCAAUACUGAAGAAUAUGGGGAGGAUCGGGUCACAAUGAAUAGCGGAGUCUGUGUAAAAGGAUCACUCUACGGCCCAGCUGAAAGCGACUUUUAUGGAGUGUUGACUGACAUUAUUGAGUUAGAGUAUCCAGCUCUACCAAUAAAGAGGACGGUUUUAUUUAAAUGUAAUUGGUUUGAUCCUACAAAAACGGUUGGUAUGUUAGUCCAUCCUCGGUAUAACAUAGUGGAUGUUAAUCACAGAAGGAGAUACAACAAAUAUGAACCUUUCAUUU